AUGUUUUCCUUCAUAAUAGACAAGGAUACCGAUUUGUCAAAUGUGGAGAAGCUGCAGCACCUGCGUUCCUGCCUGAAAGGACCAGCACUAGACACUAUUUCGUCUCUAGAGCUCACGCACGCCAGCUAUCCCAUCGCGCUAGACCUCCUUGAUAAGCGUUUUAAUAACAAACGUUUAAUUUUUCAGGCGCAUGUCACGGACAUUCUGGGUGUUCCGCGCGUAGAGUCUUCGUCUGUGUCGCAACUUCGGUCUUUGUCGGACACUGUGAAUGCUAAUCUUCGGGCUUUGCAGAGUAUGGGAACAAUGGAGCAGAUUGCAGACUGUAUCUUGAUACACAGCCUGCUGCAGAAGGUGGAAAGCGCUACGCAAGCCAAGUGGGAGGAAACGUCAUCGCUGGACAGCAUACCCACAAGCCAACAAUUCACCGCUUUUCUGGUGCAAAGAUGUCAGAAGUUGGAGAAUCGGGAGCAUGCUAUGCCAAUACCCUCGCCCACGGAACCCGUUGUCUCUACAUUCCCGCACCCUGAAGCGCAGCCACAGUCCUCAGCUGCCUCUCUGGUUGCACAGAACUCUUGCAGGGAUGUUGUGCUCUUAGCCACUACAGUUGUUCUGCUAAGGGAUCGUGCUGGAUCGCUCGUACCAUGUCGGGCACUCUUGGACUCCGGAUCACAAAUGCACCUUAUAACCUCCAGCCUCGCCCAACAACUUAGACUGAAAAGGACCAUGUCGUCGGCCGCAGUAUCGGGUCUUGGGGAUUCCAGUUUUGUAUGGGAGGGCUAUACUGUGGGACUCAACUUGCAGUCCCAAGCCUCUGACUACAGUACCAGUUUCGUCGCGUUGGUAGCUCCCACAAUCACCGAGCAGCAGCCCAGCUUUUCAGUUGACGUUUCUGGUUGGAAAAUUCUGCCGAAUUUACCAUUGGCAGAUCCGCAGUUCUUCAGGCCACAGCGUAUUGACCUGCUCAUUGGGGCUAGCCUAUUCUUCGAGCUGCUGUGCAUUGGCCAAAUCAAAUUGGAUGUUGGCUUGCCAUCGCUUCAGAAGACUCGCCUUGGAUGGGUGGUUUCAGGAGGUGGUCAGCAAACGCGUAGGACAGCUUUACUUGGGGCUCAGGCCUCAUCUGACGCCAGGCAGGAGUCUCUUGAUCAAGUGGAACUGUUACUGAGGCGUUUCUGGGAGGUAGAAAGUUCCACUGAAGAUUCGGUGAUGGUCAAGCAGGAGGAUGUCGAUUGUGAAGAUCACUUCAAAGCAAAUUUCUCGCGCCUGUCAUCUGAAGAGUUUACCGUGAAGCUGCCCAUCAAGAAAAGUUUGGAGAUCUUGGGCGACUCAUACACGCAAGCAUAUCGGCGGUUCCUCAACUUGGAGCGGAAACUUAAGCGUCAUCCGCAGCUGAAGGCUCAGUACGCAUCUUUCAUUAGGGAGUACCAAGAGCUUAAUCAAAUGUCGUUGGUGGAAUCAGAACUGCUCAGUCGUUGUCGCUAUUUUCUACCGCAUCAUUGCGUGUUUAAGGAGGACAGCACGACCACAAUCGAACACGUCCCGCAGUUCGAUAGAUCUGCCACAACAUCAACAGGUUUUUCGUUAAACGAGGUCCUAAUGGCGGGGCCUACUAUCCAGCCAAAGCUGCUACAUACGCUGCUUCGUUUUCGUACGUUCCUCAUUGCGCUGACUGGUGACAUUUGCAAGAUGUACAGGUGUGUCCGAGUAUCUGAGCCGGACAAUUACCUGCAGUGCAUCUUAUGGAGGGAUUCCCCUCACGAGGAUGUGAAGGCGUUCAAGCUCGACACCGUAACAUAUGGAACCAAACCGGCUUCCUAUCUUGCAAUUCGUUCCAUGCUCCAAUUGGCAGAAGAAGAGAGGACUGCAUUUCCCAUUGGCUCGGAAGUGUUGACCUCCAAUUUCUAUGCCGACGAUUUGAUGAUUGGAGGAGGAUCAGUAGAGGAAGUGCGCGAAAAGAUGAGGCAGACAUCCCAGUUAUUGGCUCGGGGAAGGUUCCCAAUUCGGAAAUGGUGCUCCAACGUCCCUGGCGUACUUGAGGGAAUUCCUGACAAGGAUAAGGAAACGCUGCUAAGUACCCACGCAGCUGCCAUCAAAGCCGACGAAGCGUUCAAUGUUGUCAACGAUUGCUCGUUUUUAUGA